GCCUGAGUUGUCGGGCAAAUGUUGAUGCCCUAGUGGGUAAUCUCAAGGCUAGGUUGAACCUCGUGCGUGCGGUCGCAGGGGCGAACUUUGGUUGCUCGGCAGCUGUGAUUAGGUCUACGUACCAAGCAGUAGUGGAGUCUAGGAUGAGAUAUGCGUUAUGCACUCAAGUUGCUGCUAGCGUUAAAGUGCUAGCUAAAUUGCAGAUUAUACAGAAUGCUGGUGCGAGACUUAUUACUGGGUUACCGAAACAAACUCCUGCUGACUUGGUUCUGCGUGAGUCUGGACUGAAGCCGAUCAACUAUCUGCUGGAUCUGGCCAUUAUAGGGUGGACUCUCCGGGCUCAGUCCUUGCCUUUCACUCAUGUAGCACAGCUUACCUUGGACGAUUGGACGGGUCUACGAAAACUGAAGAAAAGAGCCCCACUGCACAGAUUUGAUGAUGUGAUGGUCGAGCUAUCGGGUCUACUACCAGAUGCUCUUCCUCAGUGCUCAACUACUAGAGUAGUACCGUAUAGAGACCCCAUUGAUAGGCACUGCGCUGUCUUUGACUCGGUCCGGUUAGACAUCGGUCAAGGCGUUAUGAAGAAAGAUGGCAAUGAAAAGGAGUUUAAGAGAUGUGCUGAAAAUACGCUCUCUGGAUUUGGAG